AGUGUCUGUGACCGGAAGGACUGCUAUGUAUUUUUGUUCGUCCGUAGGACAGGCAGUUCGAAUAUUUUUUAUAAAUAAAAACUAUUUUAUUGUCAUCCAACCAGUUAAAAAACUGACUGUAAGGUACUUCGGGUUUUUAUAUAGAGGUAUUGUCGAGCAAGAUGUAGAGAAAGAAUGUGUGUGUAGGUCUUGCCUGGCUGGCCCAUGGUGAGACGGGGACCUAGAGGAACUGAACAGACUCAAGAUGGCCUGUGUGGAGGAGCCCCCUGAGAAGCACUGCUGGGUGUGUUUUGCGACAGAGAGAGAGGACCGCGUGGCAGAGUGGGUGAGCCCCUGUAGAUGUAAGGGCUGUACCAAGUGGAUCCACCAGGCCUGUCUGCAGCGUUGGCUCGAUGAGAAGCAGAAAGGAAACAGUGGAGGAGCCGUCAGCUGCCCUCAGUGUGGCACAGAGUACCGCAUUGUCUUUCCCAAAUUGGGGCCGUUGGUAUACUUCCUCCAGCAGAUGGACAGUGCUCUGUCACGGGCCAGUCCAUUCACUGCUGCCGGUGUGGUGGUGGGGACAGUCUAUUGGUCAGCUGUCACCUAUGGAGCUGUGACUGUCAUGCAGGUGGUGGGCCAUAAGAAGGGCUUGGAUGUGAUGGAGAGAGCAGAUCCUCUGUUCCUCCUGAUGGGUCUACCUACCAUCCCUGUGAUGCUUGUCCUGGGCAAGAUGAUCCGCUGGGAGGACUACAUACUGAGGCUGUGGCAGAGACACUCCUCUAAACUACAGCUGCUAUUGCCAGGUAUAGGUCGUCCGUUGCCCCGUGUGCCAGCUGAUGGGGGUAAUGGAGGGGACCACCUGUCAGUGUCUCGUACUCUGUGUGGAGCUCUCAUCUUCCCCUCUGUAGCCAGCCUGGUGGGACGACUGAUCUUCAGCAGGGUACCCUCAUCUCUGCAACGCACCGUUCUGGGUGGUAUAGCAUUUGUGGUGAUGAAGGGAGUGUUGAAGGUGUAUUUCAAACAGCAGCAGUACCUCAUUCAGGCCAACCGCCACAUCCUCAACUACCCUGAGAGAGUUAGAGACGGAGAGAUGGAGGGACGGAGCGAGGGAGAAGACGACACAGAGGACAGCGGAAAUGAGUGAAUGCAAGACUCCCCAACCUUAACCCGGGGGGGGGGGAAGAGUUGUAGUUCGGCACACAAGGACAGCAGAAACGAUUGACAGCCUCCCAGAAUCCUCUGUUCCCAAUCGCAAUGUAGUUUUAUUUUACUCAGAUAAGGGGUGUGUUUAGGAGGCAAAUUAUAUUUCCAAACAGAGAACUUGUCCAGUAGGAUUGCAAUUGUUAGUUUUUUUCUCCCAUUUAUGUCUCCUGAAUGCAACCCAGCUCUUCUAUUUGCAUUGUAAGAUAUCCACCCAACCAUGACUGUAUGUGUGAGCGUGUCUGUACACUGUAGAGCCCAUGCUAUUUUAUUUGCCUGUAUGAAUGAAUUGGCUAAUAAAGUGAUUUGAUUGUUAAAUUCUG